AAACAGGUGUAAUUGAAAUAGAAUCCACUCAAUUUCCUUCCGGUUUUACUCUUCCCGAUAUGAAGAUUCAUGAUUAUCGUUGGACAGGAUUUUGGCGCUCUUUAGAAAAAGUAGCAGGCAAUAGAUAUACUGCUAAAUGUUCUUAUUGCAAUUAUGAAUUAUCCGGCAGACCUGAAAGACUUCAUACUCAUGUUCUUACAUGUGGUAGCUGGCCUGUUGCCGAAAAAAGUUCUUAUAUUAAGGAAACUGCUAAUUCUACUCCUAUUUCUCGCAAAAAAAUCAAGAUUAGUUCUAUUUCUGAUCAAGAACAAUCUACUAGUAUUGAUGCCACUGAUAAUCCAUCUUCUAUAAUUAAACAUCAAGAAAGUUUAAUGAAUUGGUGCGUUAAACCAAUUUUACAAGACAAAUAUGAUAAAAUUAACGAAAAACUACUUGAUACUAUUGUAUAUG